GAGAUCAAAGCAAACGAAGAAAAAAAGAAAACCCUAAUUUUACAAAAAAAAAAAAAAAAAAUUGAAUUUGAGAAGAAUCGGAGGCAGAAAGAAAUCGCUGAGCAGGGAAAGAAUGUCGGGGCAGCAAGAGGAAGAUAAGAAGCCCGGCGACCAAGCCGCGGCUCACAUCAACCUCAAAGUCAAAGGCCAGGAUGGGAAUGAAGUUUUCUUCAGGAUCAAAAGAAGCACCCAACUGAAGAAGCUUAUGAAUGCAUAUUGUGAUCGGCAGUCUGUGGAGCUCAACUCAAUUGCCUUCUUGUUUGAUGGACGCCGCCUGCGAGGGGAGCAAACUCCUGAUGAGCUGGAAAUGGAGGAUGGUGAUGAGAUUGAUGCAAUGCUGCACCAAACUGGUGGUGCAAAUGCUUCGACAGUGUUCUCACUUGUGUGAAAGCAAGUUUUAAUUUACUGUUUUUAGUACUCCAGGGUAGAGUUAUUGUCUAAUUAUGUGGAUGUUAGAUAGAGGUUUAUUGCUAUGGAAUCUGCUAUAGACUUGUCUGUCUUGUUAUGAAACAUCUAGCUCUUUCAUCAAGAGCUUUAAUUGGCUACUGUUUACCAAAUGAGAAUGAGGAACUCAGAACUUGUUUUCGAUA